CAUACAAAUUUUGUGUGGGGUGGGGGAAGGACCCAGACAUUCAAUCUGUAGCAUACACUAAGAAAACAAUAAAUUCUGGCUAAGGCUGCCACCAAAAUCUACUUCUUGUUCCCCUGUGGCUCCCGUUUGCCUCCGUGUCACGGGAUAUUUCUGCUAAGCUAGCAGAAAGCCAGAACAUUCAAGUCUGUGCUUCCACUGCUCUCUCACCCAGGCCUACACUCCCAUCCAGUCCCAGAGUGAAUGGAUCUCGAGCCUUCUCCAUGCCACUCACACUGCUCCUCUGCUCUUUUCAUCUGCUUGUGAGUGUUCCUGGUCUCUGCUUCCUCUUGGCCCAUCUCACUUCCUGAUCACCCCCCCCCCCCAAGAAGGUUGCUUAUCUCGAUGGAGCUCAAGGAGGGGCAGGAGGCAGAAGCUAUGAGCGUGUCUAUCUGGGGAACUUAGAGGAACGGCACUUUCAGAUUCACCCCAUAAAGAACUGUCCUCCACGCUUCCGGGAGCCCAGGGGUGUGUGGCCCAUGAAGGGGCAGGAAAUGAUUGCCCUGAGAUGGGCACUCUCUAAGAAAAGAAGGGAGGCUCUCCAAGGGAGCGUCCCACCAGAGAAGAGAAGGAAUGAGCAAGUUGUGAAUUUGGGACUGUUGCUGUUGCACCUGAACCUCUAGCGAGAUGCCUGGCAAGAGCUAGGCUCACCGGGCCACACGGAUCCUGUCAGCACGCCUAUUACUUGGGAAGCUCCUUGGAGAAAGCAAGAUGGCUGUCAAUGGCACUGCCCUGUUGUUGGCCAAUGUCACCUACAUCACAGUGGAGAUUCUCAUCGGGCUCUGUGCCAUCGUGGGCAAUGUGUUGGUCAUCUGGGUGGUCAAGCUGAACCCCAGCCUACAGACCACCACCUUCUAUUUCAUUGUCUCCCUGGCCCUUGCUGACAUUGCUGUUGGGGUGCUGGUCAUGCCUUUGGCCAUUGUCAUCAGCCUGGGCAUCACAAUCCAAUUUUAUAACUGCCUUUUCAUGACCUGCCUGCUGUUGAUCUUCACUCAUGCUUCCAUCAUGUCCCUGCUAGCCAUUGCUGUGGACCGGUACCUGCGGGUCAAGCUCACAGUCAGAUCCAGGAUUCCUGAGACCUCUGGGCAUAGCCUGUCAUUCCAGUUGAAGGUUGUUCACUUCCUUCCAGUCAUGGGGUUCUUCGUUCUGCUCUUCCUGAUUGCCUUUUCAGAUGCCAUGGUUAUGGACAAGAAGGUCAAGGAAAGCUUUGUGCUGGACACAGCUUCUGCUACCUGCAACUACAAUGCCCACUAUAAGGACCAUCGCAAAUACUGGUACCGAGGCUACUUUCGGGACUAUGGCUCCAUUGGCAUUCACACCCAUAGUACCGACCACGUGGUCCUGAGGGACGCAGGAAGCCAGUUCAUCAUCACUGUGUCCUGCCUGACCAAGGAGGAUAUGGGCUGGUACUGGUGUGGCAUCCAAUGGGACUUUGACAGGGAUGGCAUGGAUUUUACAGAGCUGGUUGUGACUGACAACAGAGGAGGCCUCGCCAGUGAUUUUUGGUCUGGGAAAGAGACAUCGGGGCAACAGGACCAAAGCUGCAGGGCUUCCAGAGUGAUCCACAAGGCCGAUUCUUCCAGGAUGUCCAUUCUCAUCAUCUGCAUGCUGAUCACAGGUUUGGGGAUCAUCUCAAUUAUUAGCCAUUUGUCCAAAAGGAGGAGAAGUCAAAGGAAUAGAAGAGGCAACUCAUUGAAGUCCUCCUCAUGUGUCCUGACUCCAAAGGAAGUGGCUUAUCCUGAACAGAUGUGACUGAAGAUUUCUUUUAUUUAGUUUAUAAAUUAAGUGAUGCUACCAUAAAGUCACCAUGACGACCACUGCCCACAUUGUGGGGACUGUUUGUGAUCUCUCAGGUG